AUGAAGUCCAAGUCCGCUUUGCGGCACCCGCCCCGCUGGGAGUCGCGCGGGGAUCCCGUCUCCGCGGAAGCACCCCAGCGGGUUCUUUCCCGCUCUCCGACCUCCCCUCCCGCCCCAGGGUCCCGGCGCGUCCCCGCGGCGCGCUGUGCGGAGCCGGGAGCCGCUCCAGGGCAGACGGCCUGGGGCGAGCUAGGGCGUUUGGCGCCGCGGCUGCAUCCUCCGCGGCAGGCCGGUGACAGGGAACCGUCCUGGGGCCCUUCCAGCCGGCUGUCCGGAGCCACCCGGCUGCCGCUUUGA